CAUCCCUCCCUCCUCCUCAUCCCAGAGAAGGAGACACAGAAGCAGAAGCAGAAGGAGCCUCACCUGCCCAGGUGGGAAGAAGGAAGAAGAGGAAGAAGAGGAAGAAGAAGAGGAGGAGGAAGGGGAAGAGCCCGUGGUCCCAUGCCCGGAGAAGCCCUCCAAGCCCCCCAGGCCUCGCCCCCCCACGAGGAAGGAGGAGGAGGAGGAGGAGGAGCAGCAGGCCUGAGCACACCUGGGACAGAUGUCUCUCGGAACAACUCGGCUUCCUCGACGCCCGGCAGCGAUGCCCGGACGUUGCUGCAAGUCUCCCCGGUGUUGACUCCCGACUUCCCGGUCGAGCUCUCCAUGGAUCCCUCCCUUCGUGGCUCAAAUAUCCCGGCGUUCCUCCCGGCGAAGCAAGAAGACCGCCCUCAGCCGGAAGGUGCCAGUUGUGAUGCCGCCAUGGGAGCCACCACGGCCGGUUUGGUAGCCCUGAGCGAAUGCGGUCAGGUCAUGAUGGAGCAGGCGGCGAAGUCCGGCGAGGCCGUCUCCAAAGCCACUCCGUCGGAGGACACCUUGGACGCCAGAAUCGUCAUGGGGGAAGAGACACAAUGCAAAGAGGAGGAGGAGGAGGAAGAUACGGAUGAUAUGCCGGUUUCACCGAAACCCGGUGCCUUGGAGGAAGAGGAAGCAAGUGACACGGAAAAUAUGGUGAAACCUCUCUGCUUGAGCCACCCGCAAGCGUGCCUUCGGAAGCGCAAGGAGCCGGAGCUGGAAUUGGCGGCGAUUGCAAUGCCGGCGCCUUCUUCGUUCUCUCAGGGCGACCCCGCGGAUAACGUGCCUUCCCCUUCCUCCGUAUCCGCGAAAGACCCUCCGCCGGAGCCGGGAGAGGGACAGCCCUCGCCGGUCAAGCGUGGCGUGGAUCCGGAGCUCUACUUCACGGCCCCGUCCACUCCCAUCCGGACGGCCUUCUCCCAGCUCAGGCCCCUGCCGCCGCCACAGCAGCAGCCUUUCUCCAAAGACGGUCUCGGCGAGGAGCAGAACGACCUGGACAACGAAGGCCUCGUCUCGCCGCCCACGUCGCCGUCGGGGUCCUACAUCACGGCCGAAGGGGGCAGCUGGGCGUCUUCGGGCACGGCCAGCACCUCCCCGUCCUGCUCCCCGAACCUGAUGGCCGAGGGGGAAGCCCUGGAAUCGCCAGACUUGGAGAGCGAGGUGACCUUCCAGGCCCUGUCUCUGGGCGCUUUGGGCCACGAUUCGUUUCCGGAUGAGGACGAGGACGACGGGCAGACGACUCCCGGAGAGGACGAAGACUGGGUCUCGGAAACAGUGGCCUGCAGGCCGGUCCCUCUCAAGCCGGACCAGACCGGACGCUCCCGACCAAAGAGCGGAGAAGAGGACGGAGCCGCUCUGGAUGAAGCAGGCCACAAGAUUUUCAAGAUGGAGAACUUGCCUUCUCACCAAGCCGCAGAGGUGUUUGCAGGAUCCAAACCCAGCCCUUUGCCCUGUUCACUCGCUGCCUUCGCCGGGACUGAGUUUGGGAGUGUGUCCGGAGUGAGCCCUUCGGAGGACGAAUCCGAGACGGCGGCUUCCCCCCCUGACGACGAGAUGGAGAACCCCGAAAAUGACCCCAUGAUUUCCGUGUUGUUGCUGCCUUUCCACGGCAGCCUCCUCUUCGAGGCGGAGUCCGUGGAGAUCACGCUCUUCCCUCAGGGUGAAUCGGCGGAGAACGACACCCUUUACGGCGCCGAGGACGAGGACAGCGCUUCGGCCUCGUUCCUCCAUUCCCUCUCGGAGGCCUCCAUCAACGAAGGCGUGGACGAGUCCUUCGCGUACCAGGACGACACCUCUCCGUCCUCCGACUCGGCCUCUUACAACGGAGAGGAGGACGAGCGCCUAUACAGCGUGGAACAGUACGCCGUGGUGGCGGACAACGCCCAGAAAGACGACGGGUCUCCCAAGGGGGACCUGGAACCGGAACGGUCGCACUCAGGGAGCGAGAGCGAGAUGGAGACCUCGUCCGACGCGUACAACACGGACGAGGAAGGAGACGGGCCUCCCGCAAAACACGAAGGGCGUCCGCAGGUCACAGAAGAACUGGAGGAAGGAGAGUCGUUCCUGGAUGGAUCCAAAGCAGAAGAGGCCACGCAAGAGGGCCUGAUCGGUGGCCAAAGCCAAGACAAAGAGGUUGCUGUCUCCGUGAUGGAAGCCACCAAGCAGCAAGAGGGUGCUCAGGGUUCAAGAGGCGUCACUGUUUCACCUGGGGCGCUGGAAUACCAGGCCGGAAACGAAAGGGAGGAAGGGUCUCCCAGAGAGAAAGGUGCCUCUUCUCCAUCUGUCUUGGAUGGGCAAGUCACCGUGGAGAAAGACAUCCAGGACUCCGGCGAGUGCCUCAUUGCCUGCUUUGAUACGGACGAAGAAGCAGACGCAAUGCCUCCUUUGGAGGAUCACCCAGCGGGCCCAAUUGCCGGAGAAUGGGCCGGAACAGUUUGUGCCGGAGUGGCCAUCCCUCUGGGUUGGGAUCCAAAGCCGUAUCCUGUCGAGUCGGCUCAGGAGGUCAACGAUGCGUCUGCGGUUGACAUCGGCGCCCGGUUGAAAGAGUCCGAGAAGCGUUUGCUAGAACUCCUCGACCAAGACAGCACCUCAGGAGGAGGCUCAGUGGACCUUGAGGGACGUGGUGAAGGGACGCAGGGCUCCGAGAAGGAGAUGGAGGCGGCUCCGUUCGUGUCCCUCCUUGAAUCCUCGAUGGAACAGCCUGAAGUGAUCCGGGCCGACAGUGAGCCGACGGAGGAGUGCCUUAUUGCUUGCUUUGAGUCCGAGGACGAGCUGGAGGAGUCCUCGUCUCUCGAUCAGAUGAACAACAACGGGGACCGCGAGGAAAUGGCAUUCACUGAGGCCAAAGCAGGCCCCCAAACCCUCAUGGGCCUCAAUGACGGCACACAGGAGAACCCACUCGUGGAGGCCAGAGAGUUCCCCACGGAGGCCAUGGCGCUUCUGGCUCAGGACACCCCGCUGCCCCAAACGGAUGUGGAGGAACUCUCUGAAACCCAGAGCUGGACCAUUUGUGGGACACCGAGGGGCUCAAGUCAACCCAAAACAGAGGCCAAGGAGAGACACCUUGCAAACAAGGAGACAUUGCUAGGGGUCACUUCACCCGCUGAGCCUCUUGAAGUGUGCAUGGAGACCGGUGAAGCCAAAGAGGCGGACGUGGUUGAGAGCCACCACAUGAGGGAAACUGAAGAAGGAAUAGUAGUCAUGGAAGAAUCCACAGAGGAUGAAGCAGGCGAAUCAGGUCAAUUUGGGGAAGCCAUUCCUACUGAUGAUGCCCAACCAAAGGAUGCAACAAAGGUCCUGGAGAAGGAAGAGCUUGAGCUGUCAGAUGAAGGUGAUGGGGACCAAAACUGGGAAACUCCCUCAGAGAAAGAAGAGGAGGCUUCAGAGUCUGGAAGUGAAGAACUCAGCAGGACAGACUCAGUAGCGGAAACCUCCACUUGGGUGAGAGACCAACUGGGAAACGAUGCUCCAGAGCUGUUGAAAUCAGGAGCAGCCCAGGGGGUCCACAAGAAACCCAACCUGAGAGAUGAUAACAUGAAUGUGUUGCCGACGCAGAGUAGGCAGGCUGCUGUAAGUGAGACCGGGAGAGAUCAAGGUUCCAGUGAAAGGAUGGUGUCCAAAGAGGGUGAGCUCAAGGCACUGGGCAGGGCUGCUGAGCUGACCGGUGGAGAAGAAGCCACUGAAUGGCCACAGCUGCAAGGCACUGAAGUCCCAAAGUCCCAGGCAGCCUCCAAAGAUGCUGAGAUAGCCACGUAUCGGGAUUCUGAAAAGCCUUGCCACGUGGUACACAGGGAACCAUCAGCACCUCUGCCUUCUUUGUGUGGAUCCUAUCCUUCUGACGCUAAAGCUCAGGAAGCCAGGCCUCCUCCUGCAGAGAACGUGGGGGGCCCACCUUCUUUGGUCCAUGCUGGUGGCCACCCUCCGGCACCCAAGAAGACCUUUGCCGAGGCUCUCCUUCAGGGUCUACUGCCCGUUUUGGAGGCUGAGCUCAGCAUGCAAGAGAAGGAUGUCUCCUUUCUUUCUGCCGGACAACCCGAGGCCUCCUUGUCCCAGUCUCUCACAGACUCCAGCUUCUUCACGGCUGAUGAGGGAAGAUCUCCUGAGGCCAUUCCCUUGGCCGCUUCUCCAGACCUGCCUUCGCCUGAGCAAAUCUGGGGCAGCCCGGCCCAGGCUGUGGAGGAAAGCUGUCCUCAGGAGAACGAGGCUGUGGCAUUGGAGUUGGAGGACCUGGUGGACAAAGCUGGAGAUGCCGAGGCUGAACAUGCGCCUGCGCCACUGACGUUCCUUCCGACGGAUGGCUCCUUGGCGCAGAACAUGGCUGUGUGUUUGCAUCAUACCACCCUGAGAGAGGCUCCCAGUUCGGCCAUCUCACGCCGUGCCAUGGCGGCAGUCAACACCAACAACCAACAGCUCUUCUUUGCUUCUGAAAAAGAGAUCUAUCUGACCGAGCCCAAGGAUGCUCAAGGUGAUCUUUCCAGUGGAGAUGGAGAAGAGGAGCAUGCCUUCGCUGGAGACACCACUGUCGUCGACUUGGAUGAUUCAGGCACCGUUGCCGGAGAGAGUUCGCCAACUCCCGUCAGUCCACUUGGAUCGUCUGGUGCCUUUUUGGAGACCACAGGUAGAGCAGUGACAUCUCUGGAUGACGUUACAGACCAGCAGCAGAUAUCUCAUUUGUUGCAAGGCUCCUUUGGAUUCCUGAACGAGCCGAGAGUGGGGAGCCCUCGCCUCAUGAGUAGCGAACUCGUGGCAGAAGCACAAAGCCUCCGCGGCAGCCUUAAGGAGACGGUGGUGGAGGGUUCCUCUGGAGAACCCUCACCCGAUCUGUCAGAAGUUGAUGAUUUUGAAGAGCAAGACAACGCCCGGCCUUGCAAGGAUGCCAGAGGCGAAGGAGGCCACCUGGAAGCAGAGAGGCAAGAAACUGAGGAGGUCUCCACCCCCGAGGAGACGGCGGAAAUGCCCGUCAGCCAGGUGGUAAUCUCCGGUUCGGAAGAGGAUGAUCAACAUUCCUUGGAUGAUGCCUCCAUCCCUGGCGAAGAUGUGACAUCCGGGUCCUUUGAUAGCAUCCCAUCUCAGCCUAAUGAGAUGUUGCUACAGAGACCAGGAGGUGAUGUUGUGGAGCAAGAGAAGACCAAGGAGAUGACGGAAGAGACAAGAUUGGGGGGCACCAUAAUAGAGGAUGUGCGUCCCAAGGUGGAGGGCGUUGAGGAGGAGGAAGAGAAGAAAAGCAAGAAGGCCUCCACCCCUCCCGAGCCCACCCUUGAGCCUCCUCUGUUGACCAUGGACUCCAUCAUCCCUCGUCCCUCCGAGGAACGCUCUGCGUCUCCUUUGCAGCUGGAGCGACCAACAUCCCCAGACAUGGAGAUGUCCAUCUCACCCUCUCCUCCAGUUUCUCAAGUGCCUCCCGUUCUGCCCUCACCACAGCUGCCACCCUCUCCCCCAGAGACCCCCAUCCGAGCCCCUGCUGCUGCUGCUACCUCCUGGCUCCCUGUGGAGGAGACCCCUUCCAAAGAGACCCGGACCCUCUUGCAGGACCCCAGGAAACCUCUGUCAGAAGCUCCCGAGACAUCCAGGCCUCCGCCGCCCUCCAGGCUGGACCAGCCCAAGGAGUCCAGGGGCCGGAACCGGCUGCCCGGCGGCAAGGAGCCCUGCGGGAAGGACUCUGCGGCCUCCUCCUCCUCGGCAGGGGACAAGCGGGCCGACCGGGGGUCCCUCCACCUGGAGCUGAGCUCCUCCAGCGAGAGGGAGAUGUCCUACCGCUGCCCCGAGAUCGAGAGCUUGCGGGAAGCGACGGGCGCCAUGCUCUUGGACGAGAAGAAGCCCGUGGUGGGGAGGAGGCCCCGGGAGAACCACCACCACAAAGGGUCUUCGAACGACUCGGAAAGCAACGAAGGCUCCAUCCCGGAACUAGAAGAGCCAGAGGUUUCGGAACCACGAAUGGCCCAGACGCAGGCUCAGCUGACGCACUCUUUGGGAACCGGAGAAGAAUCCAUCAGCAAAGCGAAGCAGAGCCGGAGCGAGAAGAAGGCGCGGAAGGCCAUGUCCAAACUGGGUCUGCGGCAAAUCCAUGGAGUCACCAGGAUCACCAUCCGCAAGUCCAAGAACAUCUUGUUUGUCAUAACCAAGCCGGACGUCUUCAAAAGCCCAGCGUCGGACAUCUACAUUGUCUUUGGAGAAGCCAAGAUUGAAGACCUCUCUCAGCAGGUCCACAAAGCGGCAGCGGAGAAGUUCAAGGUCCCCGUGGAGCACUCGCCUCUGAUCACGGAGGCGGCCCCAACGCUCACCAUCAAGGAGGAGAGCGAGGAGGAGGAGGAGAUUGACGAGACUGGCCUGGAGGUGAGAGAUAUUGAGCUGGUCAUGGCUCAGGCGAACGUGUCGCGGCCCAAGGCCGUGAGGGCCCUCCGGCACAGCAACAACGAUAUUGUGAACGCCAUCAUGGAGCUGACCAUGUAGCAACGGCCGGAGGACCCCCCACCGCCAAGCCUCUGCCCGCUCCUCCUGUAUAGACGCCCUGUUGCCCAUCUCCAAUACAGCUGAUGUUAUGUUAGGAUGGCCAAUACUUAGUCCCAACUCUUCUGCAUUGAUAAUGCUGCUCAAUAAACGGUAUAUUCACUUGAACCUCA